GGCAUUCCCCGAGAGCUGAGGACGGACAAUGGAACGCACUUUAGAAAUGUGCAGGUGAACAGAUGGUGUGAACAAUAUGGGGUGAUGAGAGUGUAUUCACCACCAUACACACCACAAGCAAAUGGUGUUGCUGAACGUACCAUUGGCUUGGUCAAAAGCUGGCUAGCUAAAAACGCUAACUCGAAGGAAUGGAGCCUCAAAACGGUCGAGAUAGGCCGUGCCCUCAACGAUCGAGAACGUGAAGGAAGACCGUCCCCUUCUGACGAGUUAAACCAACACCCCUUUGUGACUGAAGAGUUGGGGAGGAGUCAGGAGGUGGACCCAGCCAGCACAGAGGCAUGCCCAUUCUCGGUGGGGCAGAAGGUGUGGCUUAAAGCCAGAGACCAACCCAGUACAAGUGCAGUCAAACCAAAGUAUGAUGAGGUCGACUCUGUGAUAAAAGUGUUGGACCAGAACACAGUGCUGCUAAAGAAGAAAGGAAUCCAAGGAGUWGAGCAGCUGAAACCAGCCCUAGGCUAAGAAACCAGAAAUGAACAUGGCCAUGAACCUCGAUGACUCUCCACCACCCUACAUUCGAAUGGCCACGAUUAAUGGGUUGGUAAUCAUGCGAAGAAGCACAGUGGGUAUUUGGGUCGGAAGGGCCCUGAAGACCCUCGAAUAUGCAAAAAUUGGAUAUCUGUCACCGGAUCCAGAAACAGUGGAAUGGAGCCACUGUAACAAAGGAUGUGUGGUCUGCCUGGAUGMAGGUAAUUUUGAGACCGUGUGGGUUGGACCCGGUUAUGAGAAACCGCUCUCCCCCCCAAGGUCUAACGUCGACCUGAUAGGAAUCAGAAGGAGCCCAGUAAAGGUGAUGGAAGCCUUUAUCUGUGGAACAUGCAGAAUUGAUACUCURCCCAGGAUCACCCUGAUCGUUCAGUGGGACCGGGAUGGGGCAAUACCCAAAGGAUGUGGUUGUUCUUGGGAUGGAAACAAGCUG